UCGGCGCAAAGGGCGCCUCGGAAGCGCAGUCAAGCUGAAAGUGACAAGAAAGCCAUGCUUGCCAAGGCUCUGCAGCAGGCAAAUACUGCUGUGCUCCUUGACAAUGCCCUAAAUUAUGAGGGCGCACUAGAGUCUUAUGGCGAUGCUUGUCAUCUCUUGCACCUGGUCAUGGAACGUACAUCAGGAGAAGAUGACAAGAGGAAGCUCGAGGAGAUCAGAUCAGCUUACAGCAACAGGAUUGAGGAGCUCGAGCAGCUCGUGGAUGCUCGCCCGGACACAGCGGAUGGAAAAGGCCUGCCGCCCCGACCAUCUUUCGCUGAUGGGGCAGCACAGAGUCCAACAAUAGGACAAGAUAGCUCAUCGCUUGCGAAUAUGAGAGAUGAUGCUGCCACUGGAUUAUUUUCAUCGGGAGUUGCAGCUCAGUCUCCGUCGCAAGGUGUUCGCAACUCGGGGGGCUCGGCCUCUGGAACUCUGGCACGUUCGGACAACCAUGGCUCGGUGCGUGCGCAGCCGUUGGUCGCGACGGGUGCGGGUAUGACAUCCAUGCCGUCAGCUGCGGACCGGCUGCCUGAAGGCCAGUUACAGACUGGAACGUCACAGACCACCGUCGCCCCUCGACUGCCGGCUUCAAACGCCGCCGCUAGGAGUCGAGCGAACAGUGAUGAGUCGACGUCAUGGCUGGACACUAUCGACGAGUCAGGCUCAUCUGCAUCAUCUGUGCAUUCUGUAUCCUCGGAGCGAGGGCUUCGAAGACGACACAUCCGAGGCACAAGUGGCAACACUGAUCCCGAUUUCGAUGCCGCUUUUGAUGCCGCUGUCGAAGCGGCAUACAAUGAAGGCUUCGAGCCUGAUUUAGAAGCUCGUCGAAGACGAGAAACGGCUUCUCGGCUGGAACAGCAGGCCAUUCACAGCGGUGGAAGUGACCAGACGCACGAAGCUGUGCCUUCCUAUAGUGAACAGAGCCCUGAACAGCGAGAUGUCGAAGAACCAGGACGAGUCCAUGACGGCGCAACAGAUGAAUACGGGCAGGGAUUCAAUUUUGAUCUCCAAUCAAGGUCUGCGGUACCUCGCCAAUCUGACUCCAGUGGGUAUUCGCGAAGCACUUGGCAGAGUUCACAGGCAUCUGAUCGGGCUACAGCUGCAACUUCCCUCUCUACAGUCGCGGAAGACGAAUUCUCCUCGCGUUUCCUGGUCAAUGGUGGAGUCGUUCGACCUGAUAGCACUGCGCUGCCCGCCGCAAACGGAACUCCAAGGAUAUCAUUGCCUGAACCUUCAGCUUCCGCUUCGGGUGUGAGGAAUCGUAGGUUAUCUGGGCAGAAUGCGAAACAACUCAAGAUUGAAACAUCCAAUCGGCUAGAGCUGAGGAAGAGAGCUUCUACGUUCCAUCAUCCAGGAAGUCCUUUUCUUGAGGAGGAUGAGUUUCAGGCGAUGCCCGAGCAAGCAUCUCAGCUCGGCGAUACGUUGCAGCCAGGGUCCUUGGACCCUAGAUAUGAGCACGCUCCACAAACAUCACCCUUUGAAGUGCGUUCUGCCGGAAGCGAUAUGAGCAGAACGAUGCUCACUCCAGCCAUCGAGUACUCGCAUGUCUACGACAGUCCUCAACAUUCGAUUCCAGAGAGACCCACAUUGAUCAGGAAGAAUAUGUCCUCAGCGAGUCUCAAGGAACACACCGGUCACACGCUCCUUUUGGCGUCUCCGGACACUGACUCGCAUCCCAUCAUCACACCUAUGAGUUCAACUUUCGCCCCGUACGUUGGAGCCAGGCGGCAACCCAAUCCCAUGACUUCCCAACGUGCCACCUUGCCGUCCUUCGGACCAAGCUUCGACGGACAACACAAUGGUGGAAUGUACUUAUUUGACACGACAUUGUCAACAACGCCAAAAUCAUCCAACCAAGUGCUCCACCCUCCUGCCCUUGAGCCGUGUCCCGAAUCAUUCCUCCUCCGGCCGUUUUGGUUGAUGCGAAACCUUGCCACGAGCAUGACACAUGUUCGCGGCGGCUUUGUUACGACCAAGCUCUUCGUCGCGCGCGAGGUGUGGCAGACCCAGGGUGUCAAGCUGAAGCUCGUUGAAGACAAGGUGGCUAACUGUGACUUGCUGACGGCGGCGCUUGGCCGACUUGCUGGCGUUGAUACCUAUGACGCGGACGCCAUCCUGGUUGAAUUGCAGAGCUUCGAAGAAGUGUUGGAGCGCGUACAACCGGUGCUCGCCAAGAAGCUCGGCAACGACGUUGGCCUCCAUGGUGCUGCGGCUUCUUUCAAGGAUGCCGCGCCCAUGCCCGCGAAUUCUGAGGGCGGUGCAUCUGGCGUCGAACACACUACUGACAAGGCUCACAAGAGCAAUUCGGGUAAGGGCUUCGUCUCGUCGUGGCGUAAGCUCCGCAACAAGAGCUCAGGCACUCCGCUCAACAGCGGUGCGAGCAAAGUUAAGUCACCCGCAGAGCGAGAUCAGCACAAUGUUCCCUCCGUUCCGAUGACUAGUUUCGUCCCCGUCGAUAUCCGCGGGCAGAAGCGCGAAUCACGAAACGUCAUUUUCGAGGGCGCGAAUAAGGAAUACGUCAACUCCCUUGCUCGACUGUUCGAGGGCGCGCAAGUCCUUGAUCAAAUCGCCCGACAAGUCGAAGACCCAGGCCUCAGACACUCCUCACAAACCCACGUGGGUCUGGAGAUGGGCAUUCGCCACGCGGCCGAAUUCUUCAGUUUCUACAUAUGCCGCUUCGUCCUGGCCGACCUCGGUUUGCUGCUGGACAAACGUCUCAAACGCGGCUCCGAAUAUGUUCUC